AUGCCUCCGAAACUGUCAGAAGAGCCGAGGAAAACGCUAUCAUCGAUGUUGUCAUCUAAUUGUUCAAAGACUAAGUCAGAUCCUUAGCCUCAUAAACCAGCCUUGGAAGAAAAUGAUUUCCAUAAUACAAAUAUAUUCAAUUUAAAAAAUGAAUCUUAAAUUUAUUGCUAUUCUCUAGUCAUCUAGAAAACACCCCAUCAUAUUUAUUUAUGUUUUUAGUUUGGAACCAUUAACUAUUUUGGUAUUAAUGUAACUUUAAGUAUUUUAUAAUAGAAUCAUCUGACUAUUUAUUUUGAAAUAAUAAAUGCAUCAAUCAUUCAUUUUAGUUUAAACCCUAUACAAUAUUACGUUACUGUUCAAUAGCAAAGAUUUAAAUAUUUAAUCAUUAUUGCCCUUGUUAAAGAUUAAAAUAUAUCACCAACAUUAAAAAACUUAGUAUCUUAUAGCUCAAUUGUUAAUAUGACCUGCGAUUAGAAGCUUAAAUUUAAUAGUAAAUGUUAAAAAAAUGAAUAACAAAUGUGUAUUUUUUUAAACACAUAAUUUAUUGUAAAACUUAAAACAACAUUUAAGUCUAUUAAAAAUCUCAAUCGAUAAUUUUGA